UCACCACCCUGGGGGUUGCAUUUGGUUUGCAGAGUAUGAGAUCGUAGCACAGCUGAGUAAUUAACCAUCAACCCUUCGGCCACAAAUUCCUCGACCGUGAACUUUGGGGGCGUUAGGAGGCAUCGCCGAUGAAGGUUCUCCCUGGGUUGGCCUUGGUCCUCACCUUGGUAGGAUGCUCAGAUUCCCGCUCCCACACAUUGCACUAUUUUUACACCGCAGUUUGGGAACCCAAUCAGGACACCCCCUGGUUCACUGCCGUGGGCUGCUUGAAUGGCCACCUCGGCGGUCACUACAACAGCAAGACGAGGCGGGCUGUACCUCUACUGCCCUGGAUGAAGAAAGUGGAGGAAGAGGAUCCCCAGUUCUGGAAAUGGAACACGGAGAGAGCCCGGAGCGAUGAGCUGAGGCUUUGGAGGGAUAUGGAGAGCCUCAAGAAGCAGUAUAACCAAAGUGGGGGGCUUCACACCUGGCAGAAAAUGUACGGCUGUGAGCUCAGGGAAGACGGGAGCAAAAGAGGGUAUGACCAGUACAGCUAUGACGGGAGGGACUUCCUCAGCUUUGACAAGGAGACCCUCACUUGGACGGCAAUCGAUCGCGAGGCCCAGCUGAUCAAGAGAACCUGGGAGGCUGACCUGGACAGGCUCCGGAGAAACAAGCUCUUCCUGGAGGAGAUCUGCAUCGGACUCCUGCGGAAGUUCCUGGGAUAUGGGAAAGAAACGUUUGCAAGGAAAGAGCUCCCAACAGUGAAAGUCACACGAUCGAUGGAUCCGUCCGGAUUGCUGGAGACGUUGGUCUGCCAAGCUUUUGGUUUUUACCCCAAGGAGAUCAACGCUACGUGGAGAAGGGACGGGCUCAUCUGGGAGGAGGAAACCUUUUGGAAGAGCAUCGCUCCCAAUUCUGACGGAACCUACCAUGCCUGGCUCAGCAUCCGGAUCAAUCCCAAGGAGAGGGACCGCUACCGGUGCCACGUGGAGCACGCCAGCCUUGCAGAGCCCCUGCUUGUGGGCUGGAAGGAGAAGACAGUCCCUUUCGCUGUGGGCGCCAUCCUGGGAGGAGUUCUGACUGCUUCCCUGCUGGCAUCAGUUGGACUCGUGGUGUGCAUCAGAAUUCAGAGGAAGAAAAGAAAAACUUCUCAAACAUCUCCUGAAAAAACAGUGGAGCGGGAAUCAGUGGAACUGAUGGCCCCUGCUCUUAGUCACGAUACAGCAUGAAAGUUUUCACCAUCCACCAAGCCAUUCCCCUCCAGUCUCGGGAAUUUGGGAAGCUGCUCUUCAAAUGCAAGAUCUUCUCACUUGUUUUUCUUUCAAUAAGUGGCUUGGUAAAACAGUCUGCGUCUUGUUGAGCUAAAACCAAAUGGUUUGAUUUUGUGGGAAAUAAUAGGUAGAUAACCUUUAUUGAUAUAUUUUUUUUUACUGUGGUUAAACUGGCACACAUUAACUAUGAAAUUCUGUUGCCUGCUCUUGAAAGUGUACCCUUACGUAUGCAUAUACACAUGCUAUAUACAUAGGUGUGUGUGUGUGUGUCUGUGUGUGUGUGUGUGUGUGAGAGAGAGAGAGAGAGAGAAGAAGAAAAAUUCUGCCUACCCGCAUCCAUGAUAUUCAGCUGACUAACUUCCUAUCAGUGUGUGAGAGUUCAUCGGUCAGCCAAUGACUAGGCAUAGCAACUAAGUCAGCCAAUGAGGGCUAUUUAGACUCUGAAAGAGAAUUUUCUGUGUGAGCAACAAGGAAACAGGAAGGAGCCUGACUUAGCUGAGAACUGAAAGUGAAACUCCUUGUGUUUUG